UGUGUGUGGUGUGUGUGCGAAUGUGUGUGCGUCUGAAGGGUUUCGGAUUGGAGAUGCAUAAAGAAAGGGCAGUUUCGAGGAAGUGACGGACGACGCACAGUGGUCUGGUCAGAGGAAGUUUGUUCGAUGCUUGCGCCGUGCUGUUGAAGGAAACUUUUCACUCCAGUGAGCGCCAGAAGCACCCGUGGAUCGGGUCGGACGGAUCCAGCGCGGCGGAGGGAGCUUUUGUUUUCCCUUCACACUUAGCAGCACUGAGGAAUAACUUGAGGUCGGGAGAAAGAGGGGCUCGCACAGGAAUUUCACUCCCAUAACCGACCCCCUCCCCUUUUUCCUUCUUUUCCCCGCGCCUCCUUUGAUUUCUUUCUGGGAUCCGCGAUGGGAAAGGAGCAGGAGCUUCUUGAAGCGGCGCGCACGGGAAACCUGGCUGCCGUGGAGAAGCUUUUAUCCGGGAAGCGACAGUCCGCUGGCGGAUCGUCUGGGACCGGUGGAAGCGGCAACAGCGGUGGCCACGGCGCCUCCUCUCAUCCGCUCUCCAGUCUGCUCAGUAUCUGGAGAGGCCCCAAUGUGAAUUGCGUGGACAGCACUGGAUACACCCCUCUUCACCACGCCGCCCUUAAUGGACACAGCGAGGUGGUGGAGGUGCUGCUAAGAAACGAGGCUCUGACUAACAUCGCAGACAACAAGGGCUGCUAUCCUCUCCAUCUGGCUGCGUGGAAGGGAGAUGAACAUAUCGUAAAACUUCUCAUUCACCAAGGACCUUCACACCCCAAACUCAACGAGCAGAGCUCUGUAGACCAUAAAGAGUUCAAACGCUGUGGGCCCUUUGACCCCUAUAUUAAUGCCAAGAACAAUGACAACGAGACACCGCUGCACUGUGCUGCCCAGUACGGCCACUCUCAGGUGGUGCGGCUGCUGCUGGAGGAACUCACUGAUCCCACCAUGAGGAAUAACAAGUUUGAGACUCCGCUGGACCUGGCAGCACUGUACGGCCGCCUGGAGGUUGUCAAACUGCUGCUCAGUGCCCAUCCUAAUCUGCUCAGCUGCAACACCAAGAAACACACACCACUACACCUGGCCUCUCGCAACGGACACCUACCCGUAGUGGAGGUGUUACUAGAUGCUGGAAUGGACAUUAACUAUGAGACAGAGAAAGGCAGUGCCCUCCACGAAGCCGCUCUGUUUGGGAAGACUGAUGUGGUGCAGAAGCUUCUCUGUGCAGGGAUCGACGUGAACAUCGUCGACCAGAAGGGCCUGACAGCGCUGGACAUUGUCAAGGAUAUGCCCUCUCAGAAAAGCAAACAGAUAGCUGCCCUGAUCCUUGGUCAUAUGACUGGAAAACCCCCUGAUAUUGAUCUUCCCCCUCCACCGGUGCCUCCACCUCAGGAGAGCCCCAGCCCACGGAAAAAGGGUGACCUGGAGAAAGUCAGUGAGCUAAUCUCGGGGCUGGCCCUGGGGCCCGAGGAGGAGAGCCCAUAUGAAGCUCUGUUUGAGGCCACUUCUUGCCACUCUUUAGACAGCCUCACCAGUGGGAAGUCCUCUGACAGAGACUCGGGAAGGCCUGAUAGUGAAGCUGGAAAGAAAGAUCGCCUGGUUCUCUCGUCACAUCCUGGCCCUGGUAAUGAAGAGGAGGUGAGCUCAGAGGCCCUGUAUACUAGCAGCAGUGCUGAUGAGAAAAGGGAGCCAGCAGAGGAGGAGGAUCACACAUAUGAGUUGUUGCUGACUGCAGAGACAAAAAUCCCACCACCACCUAGCCAUGAGCCCCACUCAUAUAAAAAUGACAGUACCACUAUACAGUCUUCCAACAGUGUCCUACCUCAGCAUAAACCUUCUGCCCCAAACGACCUUAGAGCCCCAAGUAAGACGAAAGACACCUUGCACCCUCCAGGAAGAGUGGGCUCAGGGGCGCCGGGAGAUCACUCUCAGCUCAGCCAGGACCAGGAAGCAGGUGUACCAGAGCAGUUCACAGGCCUCCUACACGGAUCUUCUCCUGUCUUUGAGAGCCGUGAGGAGUGCUUCCGGCUUCCAGGUGUUCUGCCACCCAACCAAGACCAGCCAGAAACAAAAAAGAGGGCCAAAGCUAAAGAGGGAGUGACGGCAGCUGCACCGCCACCUAGCCGUCCUAGCAUGGCCGCCAUCCUGACAGACUGUGAUCCAAAAGCAAUUUAUGCUACUGUGAACAAGGAGCCCAGGGACUCGGUGGCUGGUGCUGUAUCUGCUGUCAAGAUGCGCCCUCCUGGGGACCUGAAGCUGGCACGCAGCCUGUCCAAGUCUGACUCAGACUUGCUCGUGUCGCCUCCUAAUGAAGAGGAAGGAGGAUUGGGAAACCGUAGCGAGUCUGUUUCUAACUGUAGCACGGCUAAGAAGAGACUUGAGAAAUCUCCCUCUUUCACCUCAGAAUGGGAUGAGAUCGAGAAGAUGAUGACUAUGAUCGGUGCAGGCAUUGAUUUUUCCAGAGAUCAGCAAUACGCUACACCAGCAGGUGCUGCAGGCCGGCUGCUGGACCAGCCCGUGGGAGACUGGCUGGAGCAUGUGGGUCUGCCGCAGUACGAGAGCAAACUACUCCUGAAUGGAUUCGACGACCUUCACUACAUGGGGAGCAAUGUAAUGGAGGACCAGGACUUGAGAGAGAUUGGAAUCACAGAUCCGAGCCACAGAAAGAAGAUCCUGCACGCAGCACGUUCCUUUCCAAAGGUGAAAGCGCUCGGCUGUGACGGCAGCAACUCCCUGUCCUCCUGGCUGGAGAAUCUGGGCCUGCAUGAGUACUUGCAAAACUUCCUGUCCAGCGGCUACCGCACUCUGGACUGCGUCAGAAACCUGUGGGAGCUGGAGAUUGUCAAUGUGCUAAAAAUUAGCCUACUUGGUCACAGGAAACGCAUCAUCGCUUCCUUAGCGGAGAGGCCUUAUGAAGAGCCUCCUGUCAAACCUCCUCGUUUGUCUCAGAUCAGGUGCCAAGACCUGCCGGGAUCCCAGACUUCAUCUCCCAUGAGUCAGAUGGAGCCCUACACAGGACGCUCAAUGGACCCUCUGCUGCCUGCAGGCGAGCCAGGGAGGAAAAAAGCACAAGAAAAUGACUAUGACGUUACCCAAAGAUAUCGCAGCGAACGACACAGGCCUCCUGAGCGACAUGAAGACUGGCAACGAGAGCCCCGCCUGACCUUGCGGCCACCUAGUCUAGCAGCACCGUACGCCCCGGUUCAGAACUGGCAUCACCAACCGGAGAAACUCAUCUUUGAAUCCUGCGCUUAUGAAGCUAGUUAUCUUGGUUCCAUGCUUAUUAAGGAACUAAGGGGCACUGAGUCCACGCAGGAUGCUUGUGCCAAAAUGCGGAGGUCAACAGAGCAAAUGAGAAAAGUCCCGACUAUCGUCCUUUCAAUCACAUACAAGGGUGUGAAGUUUAUCGAUGCAGCCAACAAGAACAUCAUUGCAGAGCACGAGAUCCGUAACAUUUCUUGUGCAGCCCAGGACCCAGAGGACUUGUGCACAUUUGCCUACAUCACUAAGGACCUGCAGACCAGCCACCAUUACUGCCAUGUCUUCAGCACAGUAGAUGUGAACCUGACCUAUGAGAUUAUACUGACACUGGGCCAGGCAUUUGAGGUAGCAUAUCAGCUGGCUCUGCAGGCCCAGAGGACCAAACCGCACCAGAGCGUCCCAGCUGGAUCUGGAUCAGAGGUCAUUGAGACCAAGUCCAGCAAACCUGUGCCCAAACCGCGAGGCAGCAUACGCAAAACAGCGGGGGACAUCGUGGACCAGGAAGGCGAUUCUCAGUCCCAGGGUAGUGCCACGUGGCUCAUGGACCCCAAGGAAUCCAAGCGCACUAUCAGCACUAAGCGACGGCCGCUCUGAGGCUUUUCACUCUGACGUUCCAACUCCUGACUUCACCGAGUGCUGAGAAAACUGAUUUUUACCACAGCCAAGAGUGACCCACUGCACACAUCCUGUACCUGGAUGGACAUGUUUCCUGAACUGUGAAACUGAUCCUGUAAUUCUAUGCAUCAGUCGGACUGUAGCAUGUUUAUGUUCGCAGGGAUGCAGGUGUUAUUGAGGUUAAAUAAGAUCAAUUAAGGGCAAGGCUUUUUUUUUUCUUUCUUCUUCUUCUUCUUCUUCUUACAGUCAGCUGCCUGCUUAAAGCCAAAAGAGGCCAAGAUCCUAGCACUGUGAUAUGAUCCUUUUGAUGCUAAUGAAGUAAGCAUUUUGGGGUGGGGUUUCUAGAGAGGAUCAGAGGGACAGAAUAGGGCACAGAGGCAGAUAUGGAUCUGCAUGUUAGUGGUCCUUGCUCCAAAAAGACAGCUCAAACUAAUUCAAAACUGGCAUGCUCUCAACUAUCAGUCAGGAUUUAAACCCAAUGCUUCAUCUGAAGCGAACUAACUACACCUAAGCACUUUCAUAAAAUCCCCAAGUUUGAAAGAAUAAGUGCAUUUUCCCCUGUCUCUUUUUUUUCCUUUCACAACAAAUGCCUUCAGUGUUCAUCCUGUCAGCAUUGCCUUUCCCCCCCCCAGUCAUACCAGGUUAAUGUUUCACAGAUGCUUGGUGAAAAGAGUUAAUCAUUACGAAGGACGUAAUCCAUCACUAUAGUGCUGUUUGUGUCCGCCGGUUUUACUUUAUUUUAACUCCACUGCUUUGUUUGCGUGUGUCUGUGUCCCUUCCCUGUAGCUGACACUGUGGCCAAUCCCAGACAGUGAGAAAAGGACAGGAAUGAGCCCUGUUGAGUGGUGGGUAGGAUGUUUUGCUGGAUCAUUGCCCCACUUCUCACCGAGCAGAUCACAUCAGCAGUCGGAUUGUGCCCACAGUUACACACGGGCCUGGAGAAUAAGACGGAUGUAAACCUUUCGGCAACGCAACACGCUCCCCCGGUUCAUCAGACUUCUCCAACUUCAUCACCCUGCACGCACACACGCACGCACCCCCCUCCAUUUAACUUGUCGAUGCUUAGAAAAGUGAUGGUUGUUCCGUGCGACAUUAGAGACAGAUGUAUUUGUUAUGUUGUGUGCAUUUCCUCCGAAAUGAAUCAUCACGUCCCUCACUGAGAGUUGGUGUUUAUCGUUUCAGGAAAUGUACCUGCCGUUUUCAAAGCAGAACUUGUAGUUAAAGGGGAAGUUGCUGCAGAGAUGAGGAACAUUCACUUUUUAUUAUGAAACAAACUGUCAGACAAGAGACCUCACACUGUAGGUACACACUUCUUCCUGGGUUGUUUGUCCUGUAUCCAAACAUUUUAGCUUCUUUCAUCACCGUCAGCUUGCAUACAUGUGUAACUGUGAUAAACAAUGUAAUCUUGCAUGGGAGGAGCUCUCUUACCAAACUCAAGGGGCAAAGAAACUGACACUAAAAGACUGUUUUAUAUUGAAAUAACGGGGGAUGGUGUUUAUUUUACUUUUUGCGUGAGUGUGUGUGUGUGUGGGUGGGCGUUUACUUUUUUAUAGGACUAUGAUUUGUCCUAAUGCUGGAACUGGAUCAGGUGUGGUUCUUUCUCUCCUUCCCUGCCCCUUUGUUCAGUUAAUCUCGACAAGAUUAUUCACCAAACCUGCCAUGCAGGCCGGUACGACUCUAGAUUUAUAGCUGCAGACAAGAACAAUAGGGCACGGCAUGUUUCUCUAGCUAACUCCUAAUAUGUUGACUGUUAAUGGUACUGUUUGGUCCACCAAUCUGUAUAUGGGUGCAUAGUCGGCUCAUUUUGAUUUAACUCUUGUAUAUGUGGUACAUUUUUAUCCGGCCAGUACGAUAACUCUAUGGUACACUGUCUUCAGCGCGCUGGUGUCAGCACCUUUAGCCAUCAGCCUGGUCCUGUUCUGCUUUUGCACAUUGCUGAGGAUCAGGAAAGAUAUUUUGGGACUAAUCUGAUGACAACAAUGAUGAGAAUGAUAUUGUACAUGAAUCUAGCGGUCUGUAUUUUGAUACUUGAAUGAUUUUUGUUUUUAUAGAUAUCUAUAUAUAUGUAUGUAUGUAUAUGUAUGUACGUAUGUAAUUUUUGACAUUUGUCAAAAAAGAGAAAAGGACUGUCUUAUAAAGUUAAACAUAUCGUGAAUAAAUACCCUGUGAUUUAAAAAAACAUUAAAAAAAGAAGGCUGAGAACAUGACUCACAAGAGGGACCUCACUUCAGAGAAAAAGAUUGUAAAUAAUCUUGGGCUUCCAGUCUUUUUUAUGAUUAUUUUUCAUAAUUGUACAACUAAUAAAUGGUACAGUUAGAAUCGUUG